AAUAGGCAGUGGUGUGAGUUUCCAUACCUCUCGCUUUCUGCAGCGCUCCAUUGACGACAAGUUCCGCUGUGUGGAGGAGCGCGAGGCCCAGGUGAGGAGUCUGCAGCUGGCUCUCAGGGAGAAGGAGCGAGACUUGGAGAGACUGAGCUGCAUCCUGUCCAACAACGAAGAGACCAUCACGAGUCUGGACGGUUUGGUUCGAGUUAAAGAGCUGGAGCUGGAGCAGGCGGCCGAGGCCUACAGGAACCUCCAGUGGCUGAAGCAGCAGAGUGAGGAGAAGGAGAGAAACACUCUGAGAGAAAAAGAGACCAUCAUCAACCAGCUGCAGGCGGCACUGCAGAGCCGCAGCCAGGAGACUCAGGAUCUGACAGCCGCCCUCGUUGCCCGAGUGCAGGCCGGUCCCACUGAGGUUGUGGAAGAGCUGAAGGCUCGGCUGACACUCAAAGAGAAACUGUUCCAGGAGCUGCUGUCAGACCGCAGCCGCCAGUCUAAUGAACACCAAGCGCGGGUCCAGGAUCUGUUCAACACUCUCAGCUCCAAGGACCAGUAUCUGCAGGAUUACUCCUACAGACUGUCCUUAGUGAUUAAUGAGCGGAGCGGCCAGCUGCAGGAGCUACGCAGACAGAUGUUGCGACGAGAGCAGGAGCUGCACGAGGUGAGGCGGGACAAGGAGAGGGAGUUAGGAGGAGAGAUGGAGCACCUGCAGAGUCUGCUCAAAGAGAAGGAAGCCUUUAUCAAGAAGCUGAUGCAGGGCCAGGAAGAGGCAAUGCAGCUGUCUUCUAAAGAGAGUGAGGAAGAGAUGAAGACUCUCCAGGAGGAGCUGCAGCUGGUACUGAGGAAGGAGAGAGAGGCUCAGGAGGAGCUCUCUGCUCUGCGUUUAUCUUUGGCUCAGCAGCAAGUCGAAGGAGUUGCCACAAAAGACAGCUCUGAUCCCCAGUGUGUGCUGGAGCAGCUUGUGACAGAGUACAACAAGCUGAACGAUGCCCUGAGGGCAGAGAAGAGAUUGUACCAAAAUCUCAUGCACAUGCACACCAAGAGUGACAGCAGCUCAGAGGCGAGGCAGGCCCUCCACACUGAGCUCGACUCGGUUCAGGCGCUCCGUGGACAGCUGGAGGAAGUGCUGGCCAGGACCCGUAACAUGGCGUUGGUGCUGGAAAGGGCAGCCAAACGGCAGCCCGACUUUGGAGAGCUCAGCACAGAGGAGGAGGAGGAGGAAGGAGACAAUGAAGAUGGCAGCAGUGACGAGUUCACAGACAGCAUAGAGGAGGAUGAGGAUAAAGUAACAGCGAGAAGUUUGUCCUUCAUUCAGGCUUCUGUGGCAUCUCAUGAAGCCGAGGCUGUGACUCCAGGGCUGGUGAGGCGUUCACUGUCCCUAAGAGCUGAUCUAAAGCAGCUCGAGGAAGAAAAGAAGACACUUGAAGUCCAGCUUGAGGAAAUAAGGUCACAACUGAAGGGGGAUGGAUACACAUCUGUGGCCCAGAUGAGGAGUGCAGUGCAGAAGCUGCGGGAGGAGAACCAGGCUUUGAAAGAAGGACGAGCUGGAGCCCUGGGACUGAGGACAAACAUAGACGAGAGUCACAGGGGUUUGAACUGGGAAGAAGAGGAAGAGGACGACGAAGAGGAGGACAUUGAGGAGGAGGAUGAAGAUGAAGAGGAGGGAGCAUCUUCGAUGCCGGGCGAGAAGCGAGGUCCUCCGUGUGUUCUUGUGAGUGAGGAGCAAGGGAAGAGGCACUGCACCAGACCAUGCUCUCUGGACCUCGGCACGUUGACAUCCCACCAGUUGGAGCCUGAUGGAGACAGGAGCGAGGUGGGAGCGCUCUGGCAGGAUAUCGACGAGGGUCUCGGGGAACAGACGGCCCGCCUGCACUCGGACCUGGCUCUGAGCCACCAGGAGAACAGAGAGCUGCAGGAGAGACUGAUGGUGUCUGAGGCCACGGUCCACGCUCAGGCGGAACAGCUGAAGGACUACAGAGAUCUGCUCACCGAGACGUCGGUGCAGCAAGCCAGUAAACAGGUGCAGGUGGAUCUACAGGAUCUGGGGUAUGAGACGUGUGGUCGCAGUGAGAACGAAGCUGAAAGAGAAGACACCAGCAGCCCUGAGUUUGACGAUCUGGAGAUGUGCACAUCACUGUCCCAUCAUCAGGACUAUGAGGGUGCAGGCAGCGGCUGGUACAGUGGGAACUGCAGCAGUGACAGAAGAGCUUAUGAAAUGGGGGAUGAGGCCUCUCUCCAACAUCUGGUCCUGGAUCUGCGCUCACAGCUGACCCGCUGCCAUAAAGUGAUCCGUGGGCUGCAGCUGCGUGUACGCUCCCUGUCUGCCACCAGCGACUACGCUUCUAGUCUGGAACGCACCCCCCGAAAGGUAAACUGGGCCUUUGAGAGAUCACCAGCCCCCAGCGUUGUGGAGGAGGAUGAAGGCUGGAUGUCUGACACCCAAGGGAUUCGCUCAGGGUCCAAGCCCAGCAGGGAGCUACAGGAGCUGAUGGAACGAGUGGCGUCACUGGAGACACAACUGAAGAGCUCCAGGCUGGAGGGGAAAGGCCAAGCAGAAGAGAAAUGUGCCACCUGGCCAGGGAAAUACAACACUCUGAUCCAGGCUCAAGCUCGUGAGCUGUCCCACCUGAGGCAGAGGAUGAGAGAGGGGCAGGGGGUCUGCCAUAUCCUCACCCAGCACCUGGGUGACACCACUAAGGCCUUCGAGGAGCUGCUGCGGGCGAACGAUAUCGAUUACUACAUGGGUCAGAGCUUCAGAGAGCAGCUGGCACAGAGCUCUGCCCUGGCACAAAGAGUGGUCACCAAGAUCAGUGGACGCGACCGAGCAGAGAGCCAUGAUGACAAAGCGGGCCAUGAGCUGCUCGCCCUAAGGCUGAGUAAAGAGCUGCAGCAGAAAGAUAAAAUCAUCGAGUCGCUUCACACCAAGCUGCAGGAGCGUCCUGAGACCCCGUCCAGCUGCCACGCCCUCUCCGAGACCACUGACCAAACAGACAGGACCUCCUUGGUGUCCGAUGAGUGCAGGACCAAUGAGGAUUUGGAGCUGUGCUCGGAUUUUGAUGGCAGAGAGUAUCAGGAGGAGCAUCGGCUGCAGCAGCCAGGACACGGAUCAGAACCAGACAUCCGUCCAUCUUUCCCUCCUCCUCAUGGCCUCCUCAAGUCCUCCAGCAGCUGUCCCAACAUGCAUUGCUCUGCCCCUGUGGCUUUGACCAGUCAGACCUCCAGAGCCCUGUUCAGUGAACCUGUUUCCCCCUUCCUCCCUGUCCCCCCUGGCCCUGACGUCUGGGGUAAGGAUUUCCCUUCCGACCCCUGGCCCAGGGCCCUGUCUGUGAUCGCUGUUCGCCCAGAGCUCGACAUGCUGUACAAACAGAUGAAUGAGCAGAACAGGGGCUUUGCACAUCCUCAUGACAAGACCCUGUUCACCCCCUUACCCGGUGUCCACAACCAACAUGACCUCUCCAGCUACAGCCUGCUUUCCCAUCAUGCCUUUCAACAGCACCAGCUGGGUGGCAUCCCUGUAGGCCUCUCUCUUAAAUCUGACUCAGGUCCAGUGUCAGGCGGGACUUUGUGGGGAAUGGAGAACAUGGUUCAGCAAGUUGGAAGCUAUCCUGGAUCAUCUGGGCACCAGCCAGGAAGCAGCCACACGGGAGUAAAUUUGAUAGAGGAGCACCUGCGGGAGGUGAGGUGUCUCCGUCAGCGUCUGGAGGAGUCCAUCAGGACAAAUGAGAGGCUCCGCCAGCAGCUGGAAGAGAGACUGGCCAGCAGCGGGCGAGAUGGAGGGGCACCAACAAACAUCUACAUUCAGGGACUGGACACAGUCACUCAACUGUCCAACGAGAUCAGACUGCUGAAGCAAGAAAACCUGGGUCUCCAGUCACGCCUGCAGGCCAACACAGACACGUGUGAGGAGGUUGUGCAGUUGCGGGAGGCCGUGUUUACAGCACGGGCCCGUCUGAAGCAGGCAGAGCUGGAGGCCGAGCAGUGGAAGGAGGAGCUGAGACGCCUUCAGACUCAUAGUCAGGAGCAGGGACAGCAGAUACACACACUGAGGCAGGAGAGACAGGACAGUCAGGAGAGAACCAACAGGCUCCAGCAUGAGGUUUGUCUGCUGCAGCAGCAGCUGUGUGAGAGCAGGGAGCUCAUCCACUCACUGCAGAGUGAGCUGCAAGUUUACGAUCGAGUGUGUUCCAGCGCAAAGGCCAGCAAAGGUCAGGAGUGUAAUUUUACACUAUUUUUAAUAUACUACCCUUUAAACUAG